AGUCAUGUCUGCGAACGAUUCCUUCGCUGCUGCCCUGCGCAAUUUGGGAGGAAUCCAUGUCCUUCCCAAGCCACAGCCGAAGGAUAAGUCGGCCAAGAAGAAGAGGGUUGUGAAGAGAGGGGAAUCCGGGUCUUCCCGCCAGGAGACAGAGGGGACCGGACAUUCAAGUGCUACCCCGGAUCCGGAGGUUCCCAUUGAGGACUCGGGGUUGGAGAUGGAUGCUGUGGAGGUGGAGAGUCCGGUCCAUGAACCAAAGAAGAAGAAGAAAAGGACUGGUUCUUCUCAAAAGCAGGUGAUCGAUAUGACGGACGAGGAUCCGGUCAAGUCUGCGAUGGAGGUUGUGAAUGUUGAGGGCGGUUCCCGACCGGCAUAUAAGUUUGGGAAAUACCCGGUCAAGAAGGUGAUCGGGUUGAUGGCUGAGCUUCCAUCUGAUCAGGAUUGGGAAGUGAUGGAGGACCAGGGUCUCGAAGAGAACUUUAAAGAUAUAGGGGAUCUGUGGGGUCAGCUCGGAGGUCGGUUGGCCGGGUUUAACACCCACGCUUUGAACAGUCUGAAGAAGGAGAGGGAAUUUUCUGCUGAGAACCUUGCCCGGGUUAAGAAGUUGGAUAAGGAUCUGGAUGUUGAGAGAUCAGCCCGGGAGGCCUUAGAGGCUAGCGUCGGCUCCAAGAUUAAGGAGGCUGAGGUCAAGAAGGAGGCCGAGCUAGCUCAGAGGAUCAAAGAUGCUGAGACCCGGGCUGAUAGCGCGGAGAAGAAAGUAUCCGGGUUGGAGAAUGAGGUGGCUGCUUUGAAGCAGGAGUUGCAGACCCGGAAAGCCCCUGCGGAGGUUCUCGCCGACUUUCAGAAGUCGAAAGCUUACGCGGAUGCCUUGGCCAAGGCUGCAGCUGCUGAAGUCAUGCGCUGUUGGACUGUGGCCGAGAAGCACAUCAAAACCGACCCGGGAGCCAAUGCUCAGAGCUUUAUUGACUUAUAUAUUGAUGUGAAGAACAAGGUCAAUGCAGGUGGGGCGGAGCCCGAGCCUUAUGUGGCCCCGGGUCAGGAUGUGGACUCGGAUUCUUCUGAUGAGUCGGAACCUCUGGACGAAGAGACUCCUGCCAAAGAUCCCCUUUCCGACAAAUCUCCUGCUGAUGACCAGCCUGCUGUUUAGAUUUUUUCUGCCCUUUCUUUUAAAAAAACAAUGUUUUGUAUCGUUUGAAUAUGUUUGCCCGGGGUCCUUAUAGUCCCGGGAUCCUGAAUGCUUUUGUUUAUGCUUUUAUCAAAUAUUCCUUUGCAACUUCUAUUUUCCGAUGCUUUUAAUAUACAUUCUUGUCCGGGUCGACUGUACUCCGGGUUGAUUGCUUAAGUAUGUUUGUCUUAGAAAUUUUUCCAAGUAAAUGAACAGGUGGAUCCGGGUAACGUAUACUCGGGUUGAUUGCUUAAAUAUUUUUGCACUUGGAGAAUUCUUUCUAAGUAGAUGAAUAGACGGGCCCGGGCAACAUCUACCCGGGUUGACUACCUAGACAUGUUUGCACUUAGAGAAUUUUUUCUAAGUAAAUGAUUGCAUGGAUGGACCCGGGUAAGUAUUUCCCGGGUUGGCUGUUUUUUCUUAGCUUUUAUACUUAGAAAUUUUCCGAGUUAAAUGGUUGCAUGGAUGGACCCGGGUAGAUAUUUCCCGGGUUGAAUGUUUUCUUAGCUUUUAUACUUAGAAAUUUUCCAAGUUAAAUGGUUGCAUGGAUGGACCCGGGUAGAUAUUUCCCGGGUUGAAUGUUUUCUUAGCUUUUAUACUUAGAAAUUUUCCAAGUUAAAUGGUUGCAUGGAUGGACCCGGGUAGAUAUUGGUAUUGCUUGGUUGCCUUAGAAACUUUCUAAGUAAAUAACAAUAUGGAUUUAUAGGUAGCAAAAGACUUCAUUGAUAUUCAGAUGAUUACACAGCUUUAAUAAUCAAAAAUACAUGGUUGCUUUUAGGAGUACGUAGCUGUCUUCUAGGGUCUUUUCUUCCCGUCGGCUUUACUGAUAGAAUUUCCUCAACCUGAGGCCAUGCCAGGUGUUAGAUACCUCUGACCCGUCCAUGUGUUCUAGUUUGUAGGUACCCGGCCUUAGGACUUCUUUGACCUUGUAUGGGCCUUCCCACUUAGGCAUCAGCUUGCCAGUGUUGGUUGGAUCAGAGGCUUCGGUGUCUCGUAGGACCAGGUCUCCUAUUUGAAAGUUUCCGACCCGGGACUUUUUGCUGAAGUGAUCCCGGGAUUUUUCCUUGUAUUUUUCCAUUCUUGCAACUGCCUGAUCUCGGACCUCAUCUACCAAGUCUAAGUUGACCCGGAGUCCUUCUUCAUUCGCAAUUUCAUCAAAGUUGAUCACUCUGUGGGAAGGUGACCCGACUUUGAUUGGGAGCAUUGCCUCUGUUCCAUAGGCCAACUUGAAGGGAGUUUCUCCGGUGCUUGUCCGGGGACUGGUUCGGUAUGACCAGAGAACAUGUGGUAGUUCCUCCGGCCACUUGCUCUUGCUUUCUUCCAACCUUUUUUCAAUUCCCCUCAAGAGGAUCCGGUUAGUGACUUCUACCUGGCCAUUCCCUUGAGGGUAGGCGACUGAAGACUUCUUGUGUUUGAUGCCUCUUUCAGCCAGGUAGCUUUCGAAGUCCGACCCUAUGAACUGGGGUCCAUUGUCUGAAACCAGGACUCUUGGCAGACCGAAUCUCAUCAGGAUGUUGUCCAUGAAUCGGAUGACAUCUUGCUGGUUGAUUGUUCGCAUCGCUUUGGCUUCGACCCACUUUGUCAUAUAGUCGAUGGAGACUAGCAAGUAUCUGAGGUCUCCUUUGGCCCGGGGAAAAGGUCCCAUGAUGUCUAUCCCCCAAACAGCAAAGGGGAUUGGAGAUAAAACUGAAGAAGGUAGGACAGGGCUUACCCGGGGCACGUUGCUGAACAGCUGACAGUUCUUGCAUUUUUUCACAAAUUCCAUUGCAUCCUGGUGGAUAGUUGGCCAGUAGUAUCCUUGCCGGAUGAUUUUAUAUGCCAGGCCUUUUGCUGACAUGUGAUCUCCACAGAUCCCUUCGUGAACUUCUCUCAGACAAUAUUCGGCUUCCUCCGGACCUAUGCAUUUUAGGAUUGGGGAUGAGUAGGUCCGGCGGAAGAGUGUCCCUUCUUCGACGAAAAAUUUGGCCGCCUUAGCCUUCAGCCGUUGUGCUUUCCCCUUGUCUUCGGGUAACUCUCCCUUCUCUAUGUAGUUGAUUAGGGGAGUCAUCCAGGUAGGGUCGUUGUUGAUUUCAAAGAUUUCUUCAUGCUCUAUCGUCGGCUUGUGCAAUUCUUCAAAAUAGACUGAGCUAUCUAGAUCCGCUGAAUUUUGGACCAACCUGGAGAGGUUGUCUGCUUCAGCGUUUUCUUCCCUGUUGACUUGCAAGAUCCUGCACCCGGGGAUCAGAGUAAGGUAGCUUUUCACCAAGGCUUGAUACUUGGUCAGGAUCGGGUCUUUGGCAAGGUAUUCUCCAUUGGUCUGUCUGACCACGAUCUGGGAAUCACUGUAGAUGGUGAGAUUUCGGAUAGACAGGGUCCGGACUAACUUUAACCCUGCUAGAAGGGCUUCGUAUUCCGCUUGGUUGUUGGUUGCUGCGAAACCGAAGGAGAUUGCUGUUUUGAUGGUGAACCCAUCCGGGCUCUUCAGGAUUAGUCCGGCUCCUGACCUUUCGGUUGUUGAGGAGCCGUCAACAUGGAGUAUCCAAGACUCCGGGUUGGGUUCUACUGGAGUUUCCGGUUCGGUUUCCAUAGGAGUUGACUGGUUUUCUGGGAAGUUGCAUUCUACCACGAAAUCUGCUAGGACCUGGGCUUUGACUGCUGUCCGGGGUAGGAAUGUUAGGCUGAACUGGCUAAGCUCGAUUGCCCAGUUCACCAGUCUCCCGGAUAUGUCUGGUUUGUGAAUGAUUUUCCUUAACGGUUGGUCUGUGACAAUCCUGAUCUCUCUUCCUUGAAAGUAGUGUCUGAGUUUCCUGGAUGCGGUGAUCAGUGCAAAUGCAAAUUUUUCUAAGUUGGGGUAUCUGGUCUCCGCAUCUUUGAGGACUUGGCUGACAUAGUAGACAGGCUUCUGUUGCCCGGCUUCCUCCCGGAUCAAGGCUGCCCCGACGGCCAAGGGACCGGCAGACAGGUAUAGGUAGAGAGGUUCUCCGGGUAAGGCUUUUGUCAGGAUUGGGGGUUUGGACAGAUAUGCUUUGAUUUCAUCAAGGGCUCUUUGGCAGUCCGGGCUCCAUUCUACUAAUUUCUGAUUUUUUGCCCCUUUUAACAAUUCAAAGAACGGUAGACAUCUUUCAGCGAGUUUGGAGACAAACCUUCGAAGUGCUGCUAAGGACCCUGCUAGCUUCUGAACUUCCCUUUGAGUCCGGGGUGGUUGCAUUUCUUGCACAGCUUUGAUCUUCUCCGGGUUGGCCUCGAUACCCCGAUUGCUUACCAUAAAACCCAAAAACUUUCCAGCUUCAACUCCAAAGGUGCACUUAUCCGGGUUGAGCUUUAGCUUAGUUCUUCUCAUGUUCUCAAAACAUUCCCUGAGAUCUGAAAUGUGCCCCGGGACUGAUGUGGAUUUGGAGAUGAUGUCGUCGACGUAGCAUUCCAAGUUUCUUCCAAGUUGAUCUUUGAAAAUUUCAUUCAUUGCUUUCUGGUAUGUGGACCCGGCGUUUCUUAACCCGAAAGGCAUAAGUUUGUAGGCAUAGACUGCCCGAUGGGUUAUGAAAGCUGUUUUGGCUAUGUCUGCUGGGUUCAUCUUAACCUGGUUGUACCCGGAGAAGGCGUCCAUAAAGCUUAACAUCAGGUGUCCUGAUGUAGCAUCAAUCAGCUGAUCGAUGCUUGGCAGAGGAUAAGGGUCCUUGGGGCACGCUGCAUUCAGAUCUGUGUAGUCGACGCACAUUCUCCAUUUGCCGUUUGCUUUCUUAACCAUGACUACGUUGGCGAGCCAUUCAGGGUAUUUGAUCUCACAUAUGAUAUCCGCCUUCAUUAAUUUGCCCACUUCCUCAUCUAUUGCCCUCUGCCUCUUCGGGGCGAAAUUUCUUCGUUUUUGUUUAACAGGCUUCUUCUUGGGAUCGACGUCAAGGCUGUGCAUUGCUAGUGACUCAUCCAACCCGGGCAUGUCGUCCGGGCUCCAGGCAAAAACAUCUUGCGCCGAGAUCAUUUGCUGGAUCCGGGCGUCAGUGUUCUUUUCCACAAAAUCUUGCGCUGAGCUCAUGUUUGCUUUCUGGUUGCUUUGUCCAGGACCAGGAUUGGCUGCUCCCAGGCUUUGACUGCCCGGGUCUAGGUCGAUGACCUGGACUUCACCUUUGGGGUUUGCUUUCUGGUAAGGCCGAUGCUUCUUGUUGCUUUUCUGCUUUUGGAAGACCGUUGCCUUUCUUUUGUUGUCCUGGUGUGUUUCCGCCAUGACUAAGGCUUGGCUGUAACACACCCCGGCUGUUGCCGAAUCUCCUCUGACUUCUCCUACCCCGAACGGGGUUGGGAAUUUGAACUUUAGGUGCGGGAUGGAAGUAAUAGCUUCGAUCUUGUUCAGACCUGGGCGGCCGAUGAUCACGUUGUAAGGGGAGGGUGUAUCCGUCACAUAGAAUUUGAUGGUGUGGGUGACUUGGUUCGGGAGAGUUCCGAAUCGGACCGGGAGAUAAAGUGUGCCAAGGACCGGGACAAUGCUGUUCCCGAAUCCAUAUAAAGGAUCCUCCCUGUAGUCGUUCAUCCGGAUGCUUCCUAGUUCCAUCCGAUCCAUGGUGUGUUUGAACAGAAUGUUGGCUGAAGAGCCGUUGUCUACCAGGAUCCUCCUCACUUCAUUUUCGGCCAUGUCAAGGGUUACCACUAAGGCUUGAUUGUGACCCCGGGUAACACCCUCGAAGUCCUUGCUGCUGAAGGAAAUGACUUGUUCAGGGAAGGCCUGGAUGGACAUGACUUCUUGACAGGAGUCCGGGCUGGGAGGAGGGGAACAGGAUCCGCCCAGUACCACGUUGACAAUGUUCUUUUGUUUCCCCGAUCCCUCUCCCUUGUUUGCUGUGUUGCGGGCUAUGUAUUGCCCCAUGUUGCCUUUGCUGAUUUGCUCUUCAAUGAAAUAUUUGAGGGAUAUGCAGUUUUCUGUUUUGUGACCGUGGGUGCCAUGAUAGUCACAAUGUCUGUUAGCAGGUCUGCUCUCUGGAGGAGUCUGCAUAGGUUUUGGUGGGUAGUAGAAGGGUUUGUCUCUGAUUUCUUUGAGUAUGUCCUCUCGGGAUCUGUUUAGGGGGGUCCAUUCGGGCUCUGGUUUUGGUUCCCUGGUUGCUUUGUUUGGACCGGGGUCACUCCUGGACCCGGAUCCCUGUUGGCUGGUCCUCUUGGAACCUGAUUGCUGGAUGAAGUUUGUCUGUCUGUCGGGUUUGAAUUUUUUGUCCUGGUGGUAUUCUUUCCGGGGUCUAUCUUCGACUUGUUUUCCUUUCGAACUGCCCUGUCGGGUCAUCCUCAUUGCUUGGAGUACAUCUGUCUCCUUAAUGAAUUUUGCGGCCAUGGCAUAGGCAGCUGCCAGGCUUUGGGGCUCUUUGUUGAUCAAUUCGACCACAUAUCUCUCAUUUUGUUCCGGGUCCAGGUUCCUCCGGAAUAUGCUCAGAGCCUCACGCUCAUCCAGGUUGGAAAUUUUGUUGAUUGCUUCCUGGAAACGUUUCAUGUAGUCCGAGAGUGCCUCAUUGUCAUAUUGGCGAACCGUUUCCAGGUGACACAUAUGGAGUUCGUGUGUCUUGUUUGCUCGAAACCUUCUGAGGAAGGCUUCCCUGAAAUCUUUCCAGGACCCGAUGCUCCGGGAGGGGAUCCGGCUGAACCAUCUCUGUGCCCCUCCCUUGAAUGUGGAAGCGAAGAAACGGCACUUGGUCAGAUCAUUGUAGUAGUAGAUCUGGGCUAUCUGUUCGAAGUAGUGCAGGUGUUCUUCCGGGUCUCCCAGUCCAUUGAAGGAUUCAAAGUUGUAGUGUUUCAUGCCCUUUUGUCGGGGUAUGGAUUCCAAGGAGUGGCUGAAGGGAGUCAGGGUUCCCCCAAUUUCAAGCCCGGCAUCAUUUCCGAUUUUCCGGUUGAGUUCAUUGAUCAUGUCUCUGAGGUUGGUUUGCCCCGGUCUCUCAUCCUCGUCAUCAGAGAUGAGCUCGGGUGUUGUUUCCUUCCGGUAGCGCUUGGACCGGGAUCCUUUUAUCAAUUUCUCUUCUUCGAGUUGCAUCCGGAUGGCAAUUUUUUGUUCAAGUUUUUCCUCUUCCUCUUUUCGGAUCUGUUCUUUUCUUUCAGCUAAGAUUCUUAGCCGGGUUUCCUCACUAUCCUUCAGUUUCUUUUUCUUGGCUUUGUCUCCGAUCCGGUCGAAGACGGAACCCCGGGAUUGACGGCUGUUCCCGGAGUCCUCGGAUUCGCCGAUGUCCUCAAGUCUGCGGUUGCUUUCCCGGCGAUCAUGGUACUGCCGGAUGGCUUCAGCCAACUCUACAUUGGUGAGUUGGGACAGGUGGAGGGUGGUGACCGGGACAUCGGUGUACUUGUACUGGUUUGCUUCGAUCGUGACUCGUGCAUCAUUGGGGUUGAUUGUUUGGUUCUCUUCCGGGUUCACAUGUGUGAAAAGAGGUCCUGAGGCAUGAUCCUGGUUCGGGUUGUCCUGGUCUGUCUGAGGGUUGUCCGGGUUCUGGGGAAGACCCAGGUGGGAGCGUGUUCUUUUUGUCAUGGUUUCGAGAACUCACACAGGGUGUAUGGUUGCUGUUUUUGUGGUAGUGCCCACAAAUAGUAUAGAUAGUGACAGGAUGACAAAAAUAGUGUGUACAGGUAGUCAACUUACUAUUUUCAGAAAUACUAUAAGUGGUUAAGUGACAAAAUGUGACCAGGUGUGAGACAAAAAGAUUUUAUGUGCUACAGACAAGAUUAGGGUUUUGCUCAGGCAGGGUUUGCUAUCAUGCACACAUCAAGAAAAACCAUGGCUGAAGGUUUUGAGGAGCUGGGUGUUUUACGAAAGCUUACUGGUGUGAUUUGGACCCCCGUUUCGGGGGUUUGUUGAAGAAGAUGAGUCCAGUGGCACCGUGACCACAGGACAGAGGACACCUUCCCCUCCUUCUAGCGCCAAAUGAUAACGCCAAUCUCCGGUCCCGGUCCUUCCUCCGCCGUGACUGGUGGUUCCGUGGUGCAGCUGCUGGAUGGGAGCCUACAAAACAACGCCGGCGGGGGGGUUUCGCCCCAAAGCGCCUCCGGCGUGAGAGUAAGCGUGGGUUUCGGAAGGAUAAAGAUUAGAGAAGGUGCUAUCUAUAUGUGGUGGGUGAAGGUGGUGUGUGGUGGUUGCUGGUGGCUGAGAGUGUUUGGGUAUAUGCUAAGUGUAAGUGUGUGUAUGAAUGAGUGUAAAGAGAGUUAACCCCCAGACUCUUGAUCCUCGGUCUAUUUAUAGGCCAAGGAUUAGGGUUCGGGGGUGCGUACCUGGAUCCUGGUCCUACACGUGUAGGGGUUGGAUCCCCUACACGUGUCCAGGUGUCAGCGUAGAGGUAGUAUUUUGGAAUGUUCCCUGGCUUGUCCCUAUCGCCAGUAGUUGACCGUUAUAUUUGUCUUCAUCGUGUCAGUCUGUGGCUUGUGCAGUAUUUGUCGGCUGGUACAUGUUUGGAUCCCGUUUGGGGGUAUGCUUUAGGCUAUACCCGGGUUCAAUGUCAUACCCGGGUGGUGUAUCCUGGAGGGAUCGAGGGGUCGACUGUGGUGUUGGUGGCUACCCGGGUGUGUCUUGAUCGGGUUAUACCUUAUCAGGACCCGGGUGUGUCUUGACCGGGUUAUACCCUAUCAUGAGGCGCUAAUUAGGAUAAAUUCUGUCACUAGUUUAUCAAUGAGAAAGUUACCUGCCGCCGUGCCUCCUUAUUUAAGGAACUGUGAUUCGUGUCAUAAAAGUAUGCACCCAGUCUGCCUAAAAUUUGGAGUU